AUGAUCUGCCCCAUCACAACCACGAGCUACCUGCUCGGCACCACCUUCAUCGGCCUCGGAGCCUUUGGCCUGGCCAGCCCAGCACAGGCACAACUCACCUUCGGCGUUCGCCCUUCCUCACCCUCGGCCGCUGCGGCCGGCAAUCCCGAGACUCAGGCCUUCAUUUACUCCAAGGCCGGGCGGGACCUCGCCUUCGGCGCCCUGCUGGUGCUCUUUCAAUACCGCCGCAACAAGCCUGGCGUGACUACCGUGAUGGGCCUCGCCGCCUUUGCUGGCUUCGUCGACGGCCUUGCAGUGUACAAGUUCGCGCCGCCUGACCUGCGGCCCAAGGUUUGGGGCCAUUGCAUUGGGGCGUCGCUCAUCCUUGCUGUCGCAGUCGUUCGGUAUAGGGCUCGUUUGUGGUAG